AUGGAUCCUUACACUCCCCGGGUACGCACUGGAAGUAGGAAGAAGAACCUAACGCUCUCCGCAAAGGAGUACCACAGGAUCACCGACACCAUCGCGUCUGUGCGCCGACAGCGACAGUACACCGACGAUGGUUUCGACGAGGAGGCGGAGAUAGACGUGCGCGUGCACGUGUCGCGCGAGAACGGCGCGCGCCGGGGCACUCGACACUCGGAGGUCUCAUUCGAGGCUGAGCGAUCGUUUGUGCGCGCGCCUCUCAACUCGCGCGUUGUUUCGAGCAGCGGUCCGCGCGACAAGGCUAGCGCAAGGGGCAAAGGCAAGGGGAAAGGAAAGGAGAGCUCGCUAUCUGGCGUACCUAUCGACAUUCAAGAGGCGUUGGUUCUGGAGGACCUCUUGUUCGUUCUCAUGGGCAUCGAAGGCACAUACAUCACCUACCACCCUGAUUACUCUGCGGAUGAAGACGACCCGCUGAAUGGCGUCCGGUUUGUCGUGUCCCCCACUCUCGAUCCCUCUCUUCGUGAUCUCGUCGAGCGUAUCCUACCACUAGCAACAUACUACACCGCGAUCAGCUCGUUCAUUGAGCUGCGAAGCCAUUUGGAUUUCGGCCUCGUCAACCACGCGCUCUGUGCGUCGAUGCGUGACAUGCUCAAGGACUACCAAACCCUGCUAUCGCAGCUUGAGCACGCCUUCAACACCUCACCCCAGUUCACCCUCCAGAAACUCUGGUUCUACGUCCACCCCACCCUCCACACCCUGUCGCUCCUAUACAUGCUGACAACGGAUCUCGCCACCGCCGACGACCCUUCAGUCGAGCUCUCGGACUCAAACUCGGACGAGUCGGACGCGGAGGAAGCGGCGCGAAACGAAGCUCUCGGCCUCGGCAGCGCGAGUCUGAAGGCCGUCCUAUCCGAGAUCAAGACGACGGCGCUGGGGGUCGACGGAGGUGCGAGCGGGAUCGCGGUGAAGGGCGGGGAGGUUCUCGCGAUUCUGCACGAGCGGAUGCAGAACAUGUCGGGGGACCCCGCCGCGCACGCUCUGUACGGGGCGCUCCUGCGGGAUGCGGGCCGGCCGUACGUCGAGAUGGCGAUGGCGUGGAUCCGGUCCGGGAAGCUUGACGACUCGUACGAGGAGUUCCUCGUCAAGGAGAGCAAAUUCAUCAAUCGCGGAACGCUCGAGAUGGACUACACGGAUGAAUACUGGGAAAGGAGAUAUACGCUUAGGGACGGAUCAACGCUCGGGUCAUCGAAACAACACCAAGCGGGCGUUCCGCCCGCACGCUCCGCCGGCGGUCGUUUGCCUGGGGGCGCCUGUGUUCCGGCUGUGCUUGAGAGAUGGAAGCACAAGAUCCUUCUCGCCGGCAAGUACUUGAACGUCAUCCGAGAGUGCGGGAUAGAGAUCAGGCGAGACGCGAGCCAAGACAACGAUGACGAUUUCUCGAUGGAUGACGAGAGGUUCCACAAGUCCAUCGAAGACGCGUACACGCAUGCGAACCGCACGCUGCUCCAGCUGUUGCUUCGAGACCAGCAGUUGAUUCCCCGCCUUCGCUCCGUCAAGCGAUAUUUCUUCCUUUCCCAGUCGUCAUUCCUGACCCACCUGCUCGAUCUCUCGCAUACGGAGCUCCGCAAAUCGGCAAAGUCGGCAUCCUUGGUCAAGCUCCAGAGCCUGUUGGAUCUCGCGCUCAAUACGGAUGCGCAAGGCGAAGACGCGAUGUUCCGCGAAGACGUCAAGGUUACGAUGGCGUCCAGCGGCCUUUACGAAUGGCUGCUGACGGUCGUUAACGUCAGCGGCCUCGAGGACGGCGAGGUGCCGGACGCGCACGCGCAGGCAGCCGAGUCGCAGAAGAAGGAGAAGGACGAUAAGAAACAGAUGCUCGCCAUUGACGCGCUGACGCUUGACUAUCACGUCAAGUUCCCUCUCUCGCUCGUCAUUUCGCGCAAGACGAUCCUGCGCUACCAGCUCAUCUUCCGCUUCCUGCUCCAUCUCAAGCACGUCGAACAGUCGCUUUCCAGUAUGUGGAUCGAGCACAAGACCGCCCCAUGGCGGAAACAGACGCGGCCGCGUCCUCUCACCUCCGGAGCGGGGCGACAAACAUCGCAGCCGCCUUCUGCCCACCCGGAACCGAAGGACUGGCACAGCGAAUUCGAAAGUUGGCGCAAGCGCGUGUUCCUGCUGCGCGCGCGAAUGCUCGCAUUUGUCCAGCAAAUUCUCGCGUUCACAACGUUUGAGGUGCUCGAGCCGAACUGGCGCAAGCUCGAAGGCAAGCUCGAGGCGGGCAAGGUAGAGACCGUCGACCAACUCCUCCGGGACCAUGUCGACUUUCUGGACACGUGCCUGAAGGAGUGCAUGCUCACGAGUUCCAAGUUGCUCCGGGCAUACUCGCGGCUGAUCGUCACAUGUUCAACGUUCGCGCUGUACACGGCAUCGUUCACGAAGUCGGCGAACAAUGCAAUUGCCGCAGCGGACACACCCGACGGGGACCAUUCCAUGGCGAAACGGUGGGACAUUCUGGGGAAGUUUGAGACAAACUUCAACCAUUGGUUCAAGGUGCACCUAGACUGUGUGCAGUUUUACGCCUCGAGCGAAAACGUGUCGUUACUGCCUUUGGUGGUACGGCUGAACAGUAUCAAGGCCGUCCACUAG